UGCAUUUCCUCAAUAAAUCAGCAACUUUAAAAUUAGAGAACUGUGAUACCAAAGGUCUCAUGAUAGCCCAGUAGUAAAGUUAAAAUGGGAAGGGAUGAGGAACAGAGAUAUUAAAAUGAAACUGGUGAUGAGUGAUGAGAGCUGGAAGUUGCUGGAUGAACUGAAACAAUGCCAUCAUUCACUCCAGAGCAACGCCCAUUUGCAACAGUCAAAUGAGCUCCUCUUCUUCCUCUGGACAGUCAGCCACCUGUGCAUGCUGCUGCAGCUCUGUUCCCACGGCUCUGCAGACAGGCAGGAUGGCCAUGAAGUCCGCUGGUGACCUGCAGAUGGAGAAGGGAGCAGGAGGUGUGAAGGAGCUGGUGGUGAGGUGGUUUUCUGAGACCCAGGCACCGCUCAUCCUGAAGAACGGAAACUUCCCCGACUGGUUCCAAGGCCUGGCUGGAAGAAAGGAUGCAGAAGAUCUCCUGAGAGAUAAAGCUCUGGGCUGUUUUCUCAUCCGCCUCAGUGAUAAAACCAUCGGCUACAUCCUGUCCUACAGAGGUGAAGACAGAUGUCGCCACUUUGUCAUUUCCCAAAACCGCGAGGGACAGUUUGCUAUUACUGGAGACAGUCAGCUGUUCAACAGCCUGAGCGAGCUGAUCAAUCACUACCGGUUCUGUCCCAUCCAGCCCUUUGGAGAGGUCCUAACCUCCACCUGCAGCCAGGAGGACACCGGUGACCUGUACGAUGUGGUGAAUGUCAAGAAGAACUCUGGGGUCAGCGUUCAGGCUCUGAGGACCAUGUGGGACCAGAAGAAAGAGGACCAGACUAGUCCUGGUGGGAAUCCAAGGAUCCAGCAGCAUCAGAGGGACUCUGUUCCUGCACUGCCACCGAAAUCCAGAACCAAAAAACUGACAGAAACCAUGUCUGUAGAUACCACGUCUCUCUCACAGGUUCUGCCUCCAGUACCAAAGAGGGGAAUGCCUCCAGCCUUCAGCCUGAGUGGAUCUCUGCCUGAAACGACACCACAUCCUAGUGAAACCCAGUUUGAGUCCAACAAAGCUCAGAGACUCAGAACCAACCCAACUCAAAAGAUCAAUGGGGAUUUGUUUAGACCUUUAGAAUUGGAAUGUCCCGAUCUGACCCAGGUGGAGACCAGGAGCCAGUCUCUGCCUUACCUGGGCACCAAAGUGGAGGAGGAGGAGGCAUACUCCAACCAGUUAAGCAGCCUCUCCCUUCAAGCACCUUCUUCUCCAAAAAGGGUCACCUGUCAAACCUACUCCCUCCACGCCCCCGAAGGAGAUCUGAGAAGUUUCAUGUCAGAGCAGCAGAUCAGAAACCAGGACCAGCUGAGGUCUAACCCUCUGUACGAGCCCUCCAGGGUACCUGGAGAAAGUGCAGCUCAGCGGCGGGGUGUCAUGUACGCUGAGGUUUCUAAGGGUUCAGCACCAACUACGCAGACAGAAGACACCUAUGAGCUGGUCCCUGGAGAGGCCACUGAAGUCCAAAGCAACACCUACGAGUCUCUGGAGGACAUGAAGACUAAGAAACCCAAAAGCACCUGGGGCAAAAAUGUAAGAUGCAACGUCAUGUGCUGGUUUUUAUUACAGAGAGUAAAUAAAUAAUCUGACGUUUUUUUUUAAAUAAUUUUGUCUCUACAGAACAUAAAAUGGAGGAACUUCUUAAAGAAAUAAAUAUAUCUUGUGGAGUUUCUCAAGUUCGGGGCUUCCUCCUGACGUCAGGAGACUUCAUUCAGAAUCUCUAAGAGAUGAAAAUAAAAACAGGCCUCCUGGAGUGAGAUUCAUACCUGCAUGAUCAAUUAUGGGGUGAAAAGAGGGGGAUACUGACCACCACAAAUUACAGCAGGCCCAGAAAAUCCUCCCUGUUAUCUUAUAGCAGGGGUGGUCCCGAUAGCCAGCAUGAUUUAGUUGUUUCCCUGCUUCAACACACCUGGUUGUAAUCAGCAGGUGAUUAACAGGCUUUUACGGAGCCUGAGGAGCUUCUGAACAGGUGAUUCAACCACUGAAUUAUGUAGAGUAUAGAGGAACAACGAAAACAUGGAUACCGCCCUUUGGAGACCAGGAUUGAGAACCAAUGUCUUAGAAGAUUAAACUCUUGUGGAUCAAAUGACAUUAUCCUACAUGUUCACAUGUAUAGGCUAUGCUGGGCUACUAUAGUGAGCUUAAUAUCUGUAUUGUUUAUUUUGGGACUGAAGGACAUGGGACACUAGCCCCAGAAGCCCUUCAACCCCUCCAUCCUAGAAGUGUUGAGAUUUAGUUAUGCAAAAUGGUAAAUGGCCUGUGGCGCCUUCUAGGAUUCUAAAACCCCCCAAGGCACUUUACAACGAACCAGCCAUUCACCCAUGCACACACACAUUCACAUGCUGGUGAUGGUGAGCUACAAUGUAGCCACAGCUGCCCUGCUACAGCGAGAUGUGCAGGUCACUUUAACUAACUGAAGAGAUAAACACUCAGGUUAGCAUCAUUUUUAUACUUUAUUCAUAGCCUAAUUAUACUGUUAUUAAUGAAUGUAUUGAUGCCUAAAAAUAAAUAACUUUUAAGUU